UAUUAAUACAGAUAUAUUUACAAUUAAAUUAAAAUCAUAUUAAGCUACAAAAUGCUAUUUUACUAUUUUACAGUUUAUCCUGCAAAACAGUUAAUUAUUAAUGGAAGGGUGAGCUCCCAAUAUCAAGAGAAUAGCCAUCAAUGGUCACUUUUCUGAUUAAGAUAUUGCUGCCUCAAUGGAGGAAAAUCUAAUGACUGAAUUCACAAACUCUGAUAAGCAGUCUUCUACUUAACAACAAUAUGAUACGAGAAAAGCAACUGCUCUGUGGCAUAAUUUUAACCAUUGUUUCGACAUUCAGUAACUAGUUGCAUGUCCUCUCAAGUGUGCUACAUCAAAUAUGAGUCAUCAUGAUUCCAAAUGUCAAGACUUACAAAGGCCAGGAUGAGCUUUUGCUUUCUAUACAUAACCUCAGAGAUCCCAAAUGUCAAAACUUUACAUUAAUCAAAUCAGUUUGUUCUUAUGUCAGAAAUUAAGGGUAAAAAAAGAGAAAGAAAUGUCGUAAACAAUGAGUAACCAUGUCAAUAAAAUGCAGACAGAAGGUUAAGUGGCGACAGAAGUCCACGUACCUAAUAUUCUGCCAUUAGCAGGUAAUCUAUUAAGGUUCAUCAUGCAACCUGCAGGCAAGGCAUUCAAAACUGUAAAAUUGUAAUAGAGAUUGAAACAUUCAAGAGAUGUUAUGAGAAGCAGUCAAAGCCAAUUUGCAUAGCCCACAUCCCAUCUGCUUUUCUUCCUCAUAUCUUCAACACAGCAGAUGGCUAACCCCUAAACAAGAACUCAAAGAGCUACCUUACUGGCAUGUUGCUGAUAUUAGUUAAGUUUUGAUCACUUCAACCUCUAGCAAAUAUCACUUCUUUCAAUCUAAAAAGCACAGAACCAUUUGCAUUCCAUCCCAACACAGCCAUAUAAAAUCUAGUAAGCUCAGUAAGUUAUGCUUUUUGCACCAUCCAGUCAAGUGACAGGGAUUAUCUUUGGUCUCAAAUUUUAGACUACAAACCUACACCUUCUUCAAAAUCACAUACCUUCCAUUAAGCUUCGAUUUCUCCCUAAUUUCAAACAGCUAAAAUAAAUUCUAAAGUUAUGCAAUCAAUUGUAAACUGCCUUCUAACCAGAUCAGUUCUACUGUUUCAGAACUAGUACAAAACUUGUAAAGAUCAAGGAUUUACUAAGAAGAGGAACAUAUGUCAGAUGAUCCAAGUCCAAUUCUCUGCUUGAGAGGCUUAUAGCACUACCAAAUAUGGCACAAACCAGGGACACUUAAACAUACAAAAUUUGUAAGCUAAAAGAUAUCAAGUAAUAAAUUCUGCUGCACAAGAAGAAAUGAGGACAAAAUCUUCAAAUGUAGAAUUCAGAGCAGUAAGAUAUAAUGUGAAUGGUAAUAUGAACAGAGCAGAAGUAAAUCCGCUCCAAUCACCCACAAUCUUGGAAACCAAUCAUAAUAUAAAAUCCAUGCUUAG